AUGAUGAUUUUCGGUCAAAAAAUCGAUUUUGAGAUAGGCACAUGGAAAGAUAGCCUGAAACUCAUCGAUCAACUUUGUUUAGCUAUGUGUCUUGAUUAUGAAAAUACAAUAUUAAAUCAUUAUGUUCAAUCAUUAAUAACCUAUUACAAACAUUGGUGGUAUCAAACAACAAAAGAUUCUCUUUUAACCAAACAACACCUUCUUGUUGAAACUAUUAUAUAUCGUCCAUAUGAAGAAUUUAAACUUUUGGAAAAAUUAUGUUUUAUGUUAACUACCAGUGAAUAUAUAAUAGCCAUAACUCAUUUUCAACAUAAUGAAGGUACACUUUUAUAUCGAUUAUUGUCUCAAAUGCACAUUCCGCAUUUGAAUUUGAAUAUACCUCAUGAUUAUACGAACUAUUCUCCAUUUACAUUACAAAUGCAACCAAGUUUAUCAAUGAUUAGUUUAGCGUUAAGACAAUUAACAGAUCAUUUUGAAUGGGAUAAAAUUAUAUUUUUAUAUGAAAAACACUCGAGUUUAAAUUUAUUAAAAGAAUUAAUGCAAACUCGUAACGGUCGUCGUCCAGCCAUUGCAUUGAAAGCUAUUCUAAAAAGUUCAUCGAAUUUAACGAAUCAAACAGAGGCAAUUCUAAAACAACUACGAACAAAAGAAUAUGGAAAAAAAUUAUUAUUAGCUGUUAGCGGAAAAACCUUAACAAAGUUUCUUUAUGAAGCACAAAGAUUGGGACUUAUUAGUACUUAUUAUCAUAUUAUAAUGACUUCACUAGAUAUAACACAUGUGAAUUGGACCUUUUUUCAGGAAAGCAAUGUUCAGUUGACAAGUAUUCAGUUAGCAACAAAUGAUAUGAAAAUUCGCCAUUCACCAGACGGUCAACUAGAACAAGCAUUGAUUAGUGACGCAUUUGAAAUGAUCAAAUUAGUAAUAAUUAAUUUAGAUACAAACUCAAGUUUCCCAUCCCAAGAUUGCGUCUGGCACAACUUUUUAGCUUCGUCAGCAUUCUUAAAGGGUGAUCAAAUGUUUUUACUAAAGUCAGGUCAAAUGUUAUUAGAAAAGUUUCAUGUGAUGAAAUAUCAGGGCAAUACAGGUACAGUCGAUUUUAAUUCUGAUGGUAUACGAAAAUCACUACGAUUGAAAAUACUUGAUAUUGAUCAACACGGAAUGAGAGAAAUUGGAUCGUAUGUCUGGAAUGACAAGGGUUUGACUAUUAGUAAUCUGGGUCAGAAAUAUGUUACAGAAAUUCGACGACAUUUACAAGUAGUUACACGAGAGGAGAAACCGUAUGUGUCGCGUAUUUUCUCCGCAAAUGGCACCGUUCAAUUUGAAGGUUAUUGUAUUGAUAUGUUGAAUCAUAUAGCAAAAGAAUUAAAUUUUAAUUAUUCCAUCCGAUUGAAUGCUGAUUUAGGCAUAGGUGCUUUGACCAUUACGUCAGCGAGAGAAAAAGUCAUCGAUUUCACGAAACCUUUUAUGAAUUUUGGCAUUACCAUAUUGUUUCGAAAACCACUACGAACGAAACCCAAUUUAUUUGCAUUUUUAGCACCACUUUCAUUGGAAGUUUGGCUCUGUAUGGGGGCUGCUUAUGUGGCGGCAUUUUUAACAACAAAGCGAUUAAAAUCACCUAUUGAUGACGUUGAAGCAUUAGCAAAACAGACUGAUAUAAAAUACGGAGCACUCAAGGGCGGCUCCACCGAACAGUUUUUUCGAGGUAUUAAUCGCGUAAAAACCGAAAAUUACGCUUUUCUGCUCGAAUCAUCAACUAAUGAAUACAAUGUUCAACGACAUUGCGAAUUAAUGCAAGUUGGAGGACUAAUAGAAUCCAAAAGCUAUGGAAUUGGUACUGCUCAUGGUUCACCGUAUCGUGAUCUCAUAUCCGAUGUUAUACUUAAAAUGCAAGAAAACGGUAUAUUAAGCAAAAUGUACGAUAUUUGGUGGAAAGAAAGAAAUGUACCUGUUCCCUGUGAUGAUUUGGAUGUUGAUCAUCGAAAAAAAAAUUUUACAAACGAACUUGACUUAAAAAAUAUCGGUGGUAUUUUCUUACUAUUGGCAGUGGGUAUGCUAAUUUCGUUAAUUGUGACAGCAUUAGAAUUAGGAUGGAAACAAAAACGUAGAAAAACAAGUGAAGAAACGACCGAUUAUCAUUUCGUUCUUAAUAUGCAAAUGGCUAUGCAUCAAAUAUUCACUGGUUUAAAUAAUUCUCGGUCAUCGGUUGACUAUCAUACUCCAUUAAGAUUACGAAUGAGUGACAGUAAUCCUUCUGUUCAUCAAGAGAUCAUCAUACCACCAAAAAAAGUGAAUUUGUCACUUAUUAAACCAAACAACAGAACGAGAAUUCUCAAACGUAUUACAAAAAAACAUCCGCGAAUUAACGAGACAAACAGUACAUCAUUGCCGUCUUCAUCGAAUGUUUGUGAAAUGAUAACAUCAUCCAUGACACUACGACCACCAUUUCAAAAUGACAAAUCAUCAACACUAACCGAAUUUCCUGAUGACAGAUAUCUUAACGAUCUGGAAGAGCGUCCGUUACCAAAACAUGUAAUGACAGCAUAUUUAAAACACCCGCGAUAUCGUUCAUUGACAAUAUUGCAUGCAAAAGUUGCACAAAAAUCAUACGGGAACGAAAAAAGAUUCUUUUGUCCGCCACCAUGUGUUUAUUUAUCGGGUGAGGAAUGGAAUAACUUACUUAAUACACCAUCCGAUAUGGACACAAAUGAUGAACAAUUAUGUGCUUAUAUCGGAAUUGGUGAACCACUUCUGUGUAUGAAUAGCUCAUCAUCAUCGUCAAAUCAACAGUCAACAUCUCAAGAUAUGCAAAUGUUGCAAUUUGAAGGAAAAAAAUAUUGUGCAGCAAAAACAUUGUUUAUAUCCGAUUCGGAUAAGCGAAAACAUUUCAAUUUAAAUGUUAAAUUAUUUACCAGAAAUUCAGGUGAAAUUGGUACAUUUGAUAGUAAAAAAAUUAAGGUUAUAUCAAAACCGUCAAAGAAAAAACAAUCGGUGAAAAAUUCAGAAUUUGGAUUAAUUCUAAAAUCUCUUGCAAAAAAGACUACGGCUUAA